GGGUCUCAUGUGGUGUGUCGAGGCCCCAAAAUCUUAUGGAAAAGAGCUUCACAAUCAGAGAUCACAUAAAACCUUGAACAGGCCUCGCUUUUUGUUUUGUUGAUUGUGGUGUUACUGAAAGCCAACUUGGAAGCCAGCCUUGCGGCAGUGACUGGACACGUGAGCUUUGGCCCAUAAAGAUAGUCCUCCGCGUCGACGGCUUCAUAACACAACACUUCCUUCACCUCUCAUGCAAUCUUUCUCCGUCGAGAUUUCAUCGCAGUUUCGGUCACCUUCUCGCUUUCUUCAUUUACGUCAUUCUCGCAUCUAAUAGUCGACGUUACCACACCCUUUCUGAUAUACUGUUGCACGAUGGCACCCCUCCUGCCCCUCGAACUCAUUAUUAUGAUUCUCAAGGUAGCGAUCAUUGAGCUCUUCAGACAACGCGAUGUUCCCGAUCCUCUAGACUGUGACUACAGCGAGUCAUGUUCCAGAAAACAGGAAAUCGUUAACGAGGCUUUCAGUCUGUUACGGAUCUGCCGAUCUGUUCGGGCAACACUCGAGCCUGUUCUGUAUCGAUCUAUCAGAGAGCCCCCGAUGCAUAAACGCCUUGGUGGUUACCGGUCAUACACGCUCUGGAUACAGCUUCUGUGUCGAACGAUGAUCACACGGCCAAGUCUUGCGGCUCAGGUUCAUGCAAUCACAAUCAAUUCUUACUCUUUCCAGCGGGAGCUUGGGGAAACAGAAGGGAACGAUGAGGAUUUCUCCUGGCACGACCUCUUGGCCGCAGAGACGGAACGAUUAGAGCGCAAGUUUCGAGCAAGCGAAGAGUAUGCUGUGGCCCUCGAAAAGAACAAUCUGGACGCCCUCAAGCGACCGAGCGUUUUUGCCUGGAAGUGGGUCCUCCUGUUUCAACUCACAAACCUGAAAGCCCUCUCAAUGAAUCACGGGACGCCAGCCCCCGCAAAUAUGCUCAUACUCGUUCGCCUACCGCUUCUGGAGAAGCUGGCCUUACGGGUUGAAGAGAGUUAUCAGAGAUCAUGUUUCAACGUUCAAUUAAGUCCUGCGGUAUCCCGUGUCGCUGCUCCUGUCCCGGUCCAGCCUCUCGACAUCCUCGAGAGUGUACUGUCUAGUACCAGGUGUCUCAAAAGCCUAAAAUUCUGGCAUGUCGUUGGCUGUUCGGCUGAACCGAUCCAACAAGAUGCGGCUCGACUGAAACGAAUCCUUGAUCCCCACGCCCAUACCCUCCAAUAUCUCAAUAUUCGUGUUAGUAACUCGUUGAACGACGAUGAUGAGUACCCGGGCCACUACAGCAACGUCAAGGGCAGCCUCGGAUGCUUGCAGCACUUUACAAAGCUCAACAGACUGGUGAUCCAACUUGAACUGCUUCUUGGGAAGCCGCGAGACAAUAUCCGACUCAGGGAUGUCUUGUCCUCGCAGCUCCGGUCCUUCGUCUGCUUCAACCUGAACAACGAAAGAGGCAAGCGUCUAUGGAAAGGAAGAAAUUACGUGCCCCAAUUUCAGGAAAUAGCGGAGGAUGCGGCGGACGGACGCUUUCCUCAGUUGACUUCGGUGGAGAUGUGUCUGGACAAGGAUCAGAGCAGAGAUGGUGAUCCACAGGAUCUCCGCGGGGGAGCCUUCCAUGGCUCGCGGCCUUCAUUUGAGAUUGUGCGCCCCCUUUCAGAUUGGGAUGGACAACAGGAGUUUAAUGAAAUGAGGGUACUAGCAGAGCAGGCAUACGAGAACGAACCGCUUGCUGAUUAGCGAUUCUUCUUACUCGCCCGCUGUUCUUGUAUGUUUAGUGACUAUGCUGUAAGCUAGUCAUAACCCACAGAUGCAUAAUCAAUGCUCUGCCAGCGAAUCAGACUAUGAAUCUUCGUUCC